CUGAUCAACAGUUGUCUGGAAAACUUUCCAUUAAGCAUACGCGCGCAGCCCUAAGCAAGAACAACAACAACUGGAAUAGUGACAGUAAAUAGACAAGCAAACAGCAAUUGAUUGGAAAAUAAACAGAUACACUACGCCGUUAUCUAUGUGGUUACAACGUUUGAUUCUCUCACGCGCAGCCGCUGCUGCGCGUCAAAGCUUGCGAAGCUUUGCGGCUGCCAGCGAGAACAACAACAACAACAACAACAACAAUGUUAACCUUGACGCGUCUGCCGUGGAUGAGCGUCAUCCGCUGCGUGGCGUGCGCAUUCUGGAUCUCACGCGCAUUGUGGCCGGCCCGUAUUGCACCAUGGUGCUGGCCGACCUGGGCGCCGAGGUCAUCAAGGUGGAGCGUCCGCAUUUCGGGGAUGAGGCGCGCAAAUGGGGGCCACCGUUUCUGGAGCAAAGCGGCGAUGCGGCAUAUUUUCUGGCCCAAAAUCGCAACAAGCGUAGCGUGUGCAUUGACAUGAAGCGCGGCAAAGAGCUGAUGCAUCAGCUGGCCGGCAAGUGUGAUGUGCUGGUGGAGAACUAUGUGCCCGGCACACUGGAACGCUACGGCCUGGGCUAUGAGCAGCUGCGUCAAGUGAAUCCGCGACUGAUCUACUGCACCAUCAGUGGCUAUGGGUCUGUGGGCCCCUACGCCAAGCGGCCGGGCUAUGAUGUGAUAGCCUCCUCUAUGGGCGGGCUGCUGCACAUUACGGGCGAACGUGAUGGGCCGCCUAGCAAGGUGGGCGUGGCCGUUACAGAUGUGGCCACGGGCCUGUAUGCGCACGGCGCCAUUCUGGCCGCGCUGCUGCAACGGGAGCGCACCCAGCGCGGCCAAAAGAUUGAUGUGGAUCUGCUGUCCACGUGCUGUUCGCUGCUGAUCAACGUGGCCAGCAACUACUUGAAUGCCGGCACCGAGGCCCAGCGCUGGGGCACCGCCCACUCCAGCAUUGUGCCCUACCAGAGCUUCAAGACAGCCGACGGCUACCUGACCCUGGGCGCCGGCAGCGAUGCCCAGUUUGUGGAGCUAUGCCGCCGGCUGAACAUUGAGCCGGUGUCGCAGGAUGCCAAAUUCAAGACCAACAAGGAUCGCGUGCAGCAUCGUGAAGAGCUGGUCGCCCUGCUGGCCCAGAUACUGGCGCGUGACACCUCCAAGAACUGGAUGCAGCAAUUCGAGGGCGCCAGCUUUGUGGUGGGCCCCGUCAACAGCAUACGCGAGGUGUUCGAGGAUGAGCACAUCCAGGCCAUUGGGCUGGUCAAGAAGCUGCCACAUGCGCGCGACGGCAGCGUCAAGGUCGUCGGACCGCCGGUCGUCUACAGUGAAGCACGCAACGAUGCCCGCACCGCGCCCCCCAUGCUGGGCGAGCACACGGACGAGGUGCUGGCCAAGCUGCUGGGCUAUGGAGCCGAUCGGAUUGCCGCACUGCGCGAGCAGCGUAUCAUACAGUGAAAGAUGCUCUGGGAAUGUGAUCAUAUCAUAAAUAUAACGUACUUGUAUGCUCUAUCUAUUCAACGGUACUUCUCAUUUAACAUUGCUUCUCAUUUAACAUUGCUUCUCAUUUAACAUGACUUCUCAUUUAACAUUUAACAUUUCUGUUAUUAUCCCUGCUGCGUUUAUUAACGGUAUCAAAAGUUGUCUUUGGCUGUGUUUUAUCUUUCUGUUCACAAAACUUUAUGCAUUCAGUCCCGUUAGGCUAAGGUUUUUUUGAGAGAAACCUUAAUUGAUUUUAGGAAAAUCCUCGAAAGCUACGAGGCUUACAGUCAAUGCUCAUCUGAAGUUCUGCUCAUUCCGAAUAUUAAAUCUUCUUCUAUCCUAGUUUGACUACGUAAA